GGCCCAGACUCACAAGCUCUGUAUCCGCCUGUGCUAGCCCUACCCCCAGACUCGCCUAACUUCGCCUGGGUUUGACUAGCCCAGCACGGCUCCGAGUGGUUGGUCUUGGAGACCUCAAUUGUCCGGAGUCCAGCCUGCGCCACAGGGGAUACGGACAACCUUUCACUCUCAUCUCUUACCUAGCCGACAACCAAGCUGCCAAGUCUGUUCUCGCGCGCAUAAUACCAGAGAAUAUAAAGAGUGGGUGAGAUCCUUUGGUCGAGGAAAUGUGCGUCUUAAAAUUCAGAUAUCCCAUAAUACGAUCCCUCCCAAAAUGCCUCUGAAAGCACCCGCUGACAAACUACCGCUGGCGGUCCGCAAGAAUGUGCGGGACGAAUGGGAGAGCAAGAAGCCCGAGAUCGAGGCGCGGAUCUCAAAGGCCCUCGGCGAGGCGUGGACCGUGACCACGAACCCCCACCUGCUGUACGUGUACACGGACGACGAGUCCUACAAGGCUCGCAUCGGCGACGUCAUCAUGUGGUACAUGGAGCCCUUCUGCUCGAACCUCGAAUCCUUUGUGGAGAAGUACGGCGACGACGGCAAGUCCGAGCUCAACGCGCUGUGUCCCAAGCACCAAGUGGAACUCGCGCCGCAGGACCACGACGACCACACCAAGUUCACGUACGGCGGCCUGCAGAUCCAGGACGGCGUGCUCCGCCUGCUCUUCGCCGAGGGGAACCUGGCCGUCAACGUCAGCGACGUGAGCCGCGACUUCCACGAGGCUUUGAAGACCGCCGCUGCUGGGGGCGGCAGUGGCAGUGGCACCGCAUUCAACAUCAACGCCCGGCAGUCCGUGCGCGAGGGUUACGACCCGGAGAUCGGGGCCGUGCAAAAGGCCAUCGGCGAGCUGGUCGGCGCCCCGGGCAUCCGCCUGACCCCCAACUUCGAGGCCAACGCCGCCGUCCUGGCCGCCGCAGGGGCCCAGGUCCGCGACGACUGGGACAAGGUCCUGGGCCGGGCGAGCCUGGCGUACUUCGACGGCCUCAAGUACCAGCUCGAGCGCGCCGAGUUCGAGGGCGACGACAUGCUCCAGGACGGGUUCCAGGAGGGCGUGGCGAAGAACGAGAUCUCGCUGCAUGUGGUGGGCAAGCUGCAAAAGGGCCACUAUCAUGAGGUGUUGGUCGAGGACGGCGUGCUCGUGAUCCAGACGACUCCCGAAUACUUCUGGACCAACACGUCCGAUGUUGGCAGCGAGAUCUUGGAAAUCCUGUGAAAAGCCUCGAAAGAGGGAUGCGUGGCGCGUGAUGAAAACAACAUUCACGAUGGUGAUUGGAAUGAUUCUGGUGAUAAUACUUUCAUGACUCUGUCCCAUAACAUUUACGUGAUUCUGGGCUACAAUCUAUGACUUCCUUUCCAAUUCACCCGAGUCACCAAGUCAUUCUUGUCAUGAAAUAGCACGGGUUAUUCUUCUAGCA